CAUCAUAUGGAUAUAUAUAUUUGUGACCUUUUAUACAAUAGUCGUAUAACUUCGUUCUGAGAAAUUUUUUCAUACAAUAAUAAAUAAGAUAGGACACGCGUGCACAAAUACAUUGAUGUUCGAUAUGUCGUUUUGUACUGUUAUAAUUCAAUCGCAGAAAUUAUUUUUGAGAGAUUAAGAUGAUCGGUAAUGUUAAGAAGCACUUGUACUAACAAUAGAACAAUAACAAUUUACCAAGGACAUGUGCUCAGAAGCAUUUAAGGAAUAAAAAAUAAGGAAGCAGAAAUUUUUACAAUAAGCACAAUUACGAUGGACGUUCAAGGUUCGCUGAGAGAAGCUUUGUAUGAAACCUUAAGUGGUAUUUUGUCUCCUCAUACAGAGACACGUCAAGCAGCAGAACAGAGAAUUCAAGCAUUAGAAGUGACAGAAGAAUUUGGUAUACAUUUAACGGAAUUUGUAGUAGAUCCAAAUGGGCAUUUACCUAUUAGACAGUUAGCUUCUGUAUUGUUAAAGCAAUAUGUUGAAACUCAUUGGUCUUCCGUGGCUGAGAAAUUUCGGCCUCCUGAAAUAAAGUAUGCAACAAAGGAAAGAAUCAAAGAAUUACUGCCAAUAGGACUCCGUGAAUCCAUUAGUAAGGUACGUGCAGCAGUAGCUUAUGCGAUAUCAGCGAUUGCACAUUGGGACUGGCCAGAAAAUUGGCCCGGUUUGUUUGAUAUACUUGUCAGUUGUUUAAGCGGGGAAAGCGAGUAUGCUGUUCACGGAGCCAUGAGGGUUUUAACAGAAUUUACUUCAGACCUUACCGAUAACCAGUUGCCUAAUGUGGGACCAGUAAUCCUUCAAGAAAUGUAUAGAAUAUUUCAAAGUGAAAAUCAAUAUUCUAUUAGAAUUCGUAGUCGUGCCGUUGAAAUUUUUACGACGAUUACGUCAUUAGUUGCUGUUACGGAACUGUUCCAAAAAGGAUUUGCGGAGCGAUAUUUACAGCCCGUUAUACCCAUGUUUUGUGAAAAAUUUGUGUACUGUUUACGACUGCCUGAUGGUUCAACUUGCGAUAGUGGUCUUAAAACUGAUGUUAUCAAAGCUAUAAAUUGCCUAGUUACCAGAUUACCUAAAUACAUCGCAACUUUUUUACCUCAAAUGCUACCACCCUUUUGGGAAACUUUAGUGCAAAGCGCGAAGCUUUAUCAGGAAGGAUCUGUAAAUGGCGAAGGAGAUACGAACGAGAAGGAAGUCGAUUCAGAUGGUGAAAUAAUUAAUUUUAAUAAUUUGAUCAUUGCCAUAUUCGAGUUUGUUCAUUCUAUUGUGGAUCGUAAACGAUUCUCAAAUCUUUUGGAUAGUUUCCUGCAAGAAGUAAUGUAUUAUUUAAUAAUUUUUAUGCAAAUAACUGACGAUCAAAUCGAAUUAUGGACUACUAGCCCCAACCAGUUUGUGGAGGAAGACGACGUACUGACUUACAACGUUCGUAUUUCAGCGCAAGAGCUUUUAACGGCUUUAGUAAAUUAUUCUGAGGAAAAAGCAGUGAAUGCACUUUGCGAGGUUGUAACGCGUCACAUCGAAGCAACAAGUAGAUUACAGACUGCAAAUAAUGGAAGCGGAAACAGUGAAACGUGUUGGAAAUUACGGGAAUCGUCUAUUUUAGCCUUAAGUAAAAUAAAAGAUGUCGUUGUGGAGAGGCAGAAAGCUGGAAUGCUUCAAUUCGAUAUUAUUAGAUUUUUAGAUACGAUCGUUUUAGCUACUUUAAAGGAUUCAGGUUCACCGCCGUUACUUCUUGGCCGUUGUUUGUGUAUUGGUGGCAAAUACGCUGAAAUAAUGCCACCAGAAAUGAGUUCACGUUUCCUAGAGGCAACUGUUAAUGGUUUACAGGAGAAUCAGCCUUCGUGUAUCCGCAUCAGUGCAGUAAAAGCUAUUUACUGGUUUUGCAAAGCUUCCGUGGCGGAGAAUAACAGUACUCUCGGCAAUAUUAUACGAUCGCAUUUGCCGAACAUAUUUCAAGGACUUUUCAAUCUAGCUAAUCAAACAUCCACGGAAAUUUUUACGCUAGUAAUGGAAACUUUUCAAGUGUUGGUUUCGUUGGACAAAGCAUUUACCGCUUCAGUGGAAAAUAAAAUUUGCCCCUUAACUAUCGCUGCAUUUUUGAAGUUCUAUAGCGAUCAUGAAAUUUUGGACCUGUGUCAAGACAUAUUCAAAAGUUUGACACAAAAUCCUGACUGUAUAGGACCAUUACAAACACGUUUGAUACCAACGUUAACCAGUAUGAUGGCCGUGUCGCCUAUGGAUAAAUUAAAAGACGAGAGAUGUCGGAACGUAGCUCUAGAUGUUUUACAAGUAUUGGUGCAGUACUCUCCUAAACCCUUGAGCAGCGCGUUAGUCGAAACUGCGUUUCCUGCUGCGUGCCACUGUAUUCUGAAUUCGGAAGACAACGAAACGUUGCAAAGUGGCGGGGAAGUGAUACGAGCUUACCUAGCGGUCGCGGCUCGGCAGGUGACGGUGCAUCGCGACAAUGACGGUCAAACAGGUUUACAAUACAUACUGCAGAUCAUUGCUCAGCUAUUGAACCCGCAGUCGAGCGAGUUUACAGCGACUUUUGUCGGACGAUUGGUGACGACGUUGAUUAGGAAAGCGGGGAACACAUUGGGCGAAAAUCUCGAUCUAUUGUUGAAGGCUGUGUUGAGCAAAAUGCAGCGAGCUCAGACGUUGACUGUGGUACAGAGUUUGCUCAUGGUAUACGCUCAUCUUAUAAACACAGAGUUUGACGCUGUCCUAAAUUUUCUGUCAACCGUACCCGGUCCGACAGGACAAAGCGCUCUCACUUUCGUGCUCUCCGAAUGGGUCACAAGGCAACACCUGUUUUUCGGUAAAUAUGACCGAAAGGUAGCAACGGUCGCGCUUUGCAAGAUAUUGGAGUACGGCGUUACUCACGACGAUAGUCGAUUGAACGAGAUCAUAGUCAGGGGAGACCAAAUAUUCCCAGGAAACGAAGAAGGCGUGAGGACUAGGAGUAAAGCCGAAUCACAGCCUUAUCAGUGGACCACUAUACCUGUUUUGGUGAAAAUAUUCAAGCUGAUAAUCAACGAGCUAUCGAACGACAUCGAAGCGGUCGCCGCUGGUCAUGAAACGGACGAUUCAUACAACGACGACGGCGACGAAGAUGAGGUCACCUACUUAGAUCCGGGCUACGAAAAUAUGAUAAUACUUGGAGAAACUAUGCCCGAAACUGAGGAAGACGAGGACGAUCCGGAUUUACUUCAAGAUUCCAUCUAUCACUUGAAUCUGAGUCAAUAUUUGCAAGACUUUCUAUUAAAUUUUUCGACUCACCAUUGUUUUCCGGUAUACAUUCAGCAUCUAAAUAUUCCGGAACGAAAGGUUUUAAGCAGUUUAAACAUCAACGCAUCGUUCAUGCAAUAGAUAGAUGGAUAAAUAAGAUGGUUAAAUAGAUGCAUGAAGAGAUACAUAUGUCGAUAAUGAGGAGUUUCGAAUUUCGUAAUAAAAUAUGUGAUUCUUCGUA